UGUUUUUUUUUUUUCCUUGAAAUAAGAAAAUUCCCUACGCUUUGAUGGAGAAUUGAAUAAAUAGAGAACCGACUUUUACAGUUAUUUAGCAGCCAAGCGAGAGAGAAAGAGGGACCUCUGCUUCCUCACCACGCGUAGACAGCUACAUCUACUGGAUCUCUUUGGAUCGGAUCCUUCCCGACCCGAACCCUCUAGAUCUGUCUCAGAUUUGAUGCUGAAUGCUUCUGUUAGAGUAGCUUAGAUCAAGCUGCAUCAGAGAUCUGCUUUACUUUUGAUGAAUUUCUUGACGACACUGAAGGGGAAAAUGGUUUCUAUGUACCAAGUUUUCCUCUUUGCUCUUUUGUUUGUGUGUGUUUGCGAUGGGUUUUAUCUUCCCGGGAGCUACAUGCACACUUAUUCAACUGGUGAAUCCAUAUAUGCCAAAGUUAAUUCCUUGACUUCUAUAGAAACUGAACUUCCUUUUAGCUACUACAGUCUCCCUUAUUGCAAACCAUUAGGUGGGAUUAAAAAAAGUGCUGAGAAUCUUGGAGAGCUCCUUAUGGGAGAUCAGAUCGAUAACUCUCCUUACCGGUUUCGCAUGAAUGUCAAUGAAUCUGUCUUCCUCUGCAUCACCAAUGCAUUGAGUCAGCAUGAGGUUAAGCUCUUGAAACAGAGAACCCGUGAUUUAUAUCAGGUGAAUAUGAUUCUGGACAACUUGCCUGCAAUGAGGUAUGCAGUGCAAAAUGGAGUCAAAAUUCAGUGGACUGGGUUUCCAGUUGGUUAUACCCCACCCAAUAGCAAUGAUGAUUACAUUAUCAAUCACCUUAAGUUCAAGGUCUUGGUUCAUGAGUAUGAAGGGAGUGGUGUUGAGAUAAUAGGUACUGGGGAGGAAGGUAUGGGUAUCAUUUCUGAAGCUGACAAGAAGAAAGCAUCUGGAUAUGAGAUUGUUGGUUUUGAGGUUAUACCCUGCAGUGUUAAGUAUGACCCAGAGAAGAUGACGAAGCUCCAUAUGUAUGACAAUGUUCCCUCUGUGAACUGCCCCUUGGAGCUUGAGAAAUCUCAGAUAAUAAGAGAACAGGAAAGAGUAUCCUUCACUUAUGAGGUUGAGUUUGUGAAAAGUGACAUCCGGUGGCCAUCUAGAUGGGAUGCUUAUUUGAAAAUGGAAGGUGCUCGUGUUCAUUGGUUUUCUAUCUUGAACUCUCUUAUGGUGAUUUUCUUCUUAGCCGGUAUUGUCUUUGUCAUAUUCCUAAGGACUGUAAGAAGGGAUUUGACAAGGUAUGAGGAGUUAGACAAAGAAGCUCAAGCACAGAUGAACGAGGAGCUCUCUGGUUGGAAGCUUGUUGUCGGUGAUGUCUUUAGAGAACCAGAUUGUUCAAAGCUUCUCUGUGUGAUGGUAGGAGACGGGAUUCAGAUUACUGGGAUGGGUGUUGUUACAAUUGUUUUUGCUGCCCUCGGUUUUAUGUCACCAGCUUCACGAGGAAUGCUGUUGACAGGGAUGAUAAUUCUUUAUCUUUUCUUGGGUAUUGCUGCUGGCUAUAUUGGUGUUCGGAUGUGGAGAACAAUAAAGGGAACUUCAGAAGGGUGGAGGUCCCUUUCCUGGUCGAUUGCGUGCUUCUUUCCUGGAAUUGUCUUUGUUAUCCUUACAGCGUUAAAUUUUCUUCUAUGGGGCAGCAAGAGUACUGGUGCUAUUCCCAUUUCUUUGUACUUUAUACUCUUGUCCCUCUGGUUCUGCAUUUCAGUGCCACUUACCCUUUUUGGAGGAUUCUUAGGGACACGAGCUGCUGAGAUUCAAUAUCCAGUGAGAACCAACCAGAUACCUAGGGAGAUUCCUGCUCGCAAAUAUCCAUCGUGGCUUCUUGUCCUUGGUGCAGGGACUCUUCCAUUUGGAACACUUUUCAUUGAACUUUUCUUCAUUCUUUCUAGCAUCUGGCUUGGAAGGUUUUAUUAUGUCUUUGGAUUCUUGUUGAUAGUUCUCUUGUUGCUGGUUAUUGUUUGUGCUGAAGUCUCAGUGGUCCUAACCUACAUGCACCUCUGUGUAGAGGACUGGCGGUGGUGGUGGAAGGCAUUUUUUGCUUCUGGUUCAGUUGCACUCUAUGUGUUUCUUUACUCCAUCAACUACUUGGUUUUUGACCUACAGAGUUUGAGUGGGCCAGUGUCGGCUAUGCUUUACAUGGGUUAUUCACUUAUUAUGGCAAUUGCUAUCAUGUUGUCUACUGGCACCAUUGGUUUCCUCGUGUCCUUUUACUUUGUUCAUUAUCUUUUCUCAUCUGUGAAGAUUGAUUAAAAGCUAAAUUUAGUGAUCUUCACUGGCCUGUUGGAGAAGCUUCUGUCAUAUAGGAAGAGAAAGUUGGCUGGUCAUUAUUCUUUUACAAAGUAACCUUUGGUAUCCAACCAUGUUGCACCACAUUAAGAUGGCUUGCGAGUAUCUGUUUGAUCGCAUUAAUACUUUCUUUGUUUUUCUGUUCUUUUUUGGGAUUAGAGGACUAGUUAGUUUUAGGAAUUACAAUUUUCAGUUGGAUUAUCACCUUGUCCUGCAGUGCCAGCAGUAGCCUCUUGUCUUCCUAGUUGCUAGCUAUGAACUUAAGUUGAACUACAUAUUCCUUUAUAUUUUGAUAUUUGGAGAAAAUUGUAAUUGAAUGGAUAUUAUAUAAUUGUAUUUUCUCUUACUUUA